AUGAAAUACUUCAAAAGUGUUAUGAUCCUCCACAAGGACUACGACACGCUAAUGUGCAAAGUGUUUGUCAUGACUCUGCUAGGAGUAGCCCAAGAUUGGUUCCACACCUUACCUUCCAGGUUGACUAGCAGCUUCAAUGAGCUAGCUUACGUCUUCAUCAAAGAAUACACGUCUUAUCGGACGAUCAAGAAAACCCUUGACGAUCUAUUCAAACAGCACAAAAAGUCUGAUGAAUCCCUCCGAGACUACUUCAAGAGGUUCAAGGCGGAGAGGGCAAACAUUGUAGGAUGUGAUGACCAAGUUGCGUCCUCUGCCUUCAAAAAGGGCUUAACAAUUGAAUGUGAGCUGUAUCAUCGCCGCAAAAAAGACUGCAAGCUAGCCGAUCAACUAGCUGACCAGGCAAGCCAAAAGAACGGCAAUCGCAUAUCACAGCCUCAGGAAGGUGUUCCAGCAGCUGAGAGCUACACCAAGUUCACUAUCCCGAUACACCAGAUCUUGGCCCAAGUAAAAGACAUUCCUUGGCUGAAGAAACUAUCGCCUUUGAAGGGAAACCCAACUGAGAAAGAUACCAGUAGAUACUGCGCAUUCCAUGUAGGGCACGAUCAUUACACAAACGAUUGCUUCGCAUGGAAAAGGCAUCUCAAAGAUCUAGUCAGAGAUGUCCAUUGCACGGAAUUCAUUGCAAGAAGGGCUAUCCAGCAAAUCAAAGAUUGUGACGCAGUUGCAAUGAGCCUCAUAGAAAAAAGUAAUACGGAUCAACACAAUCCUAGUCGACUCCAAGAGCCUGGGUUGACCACCAGGGAGUAA